AUGGUCACUCGUUCAGAUGGGAGUGAGGGGCAGCGGCCCAUCACCCCCUCCAGGACCCCCGGCACGCCCGUGAAACCCCGAUUAACACGUGUAGGAACGAGUCCGUCGAAGCGCGACCAGAAACCGAAGGACGACAAUGUUGUGAAAUCGUCGGCAAAGGAUGUGGCAGAACUGAAAGAUUAUCAAUUGGGUGAUUGCCUGGGAAAGGGAGCAUUUGGAUCGGUGUACCGUGCACUGAACUGGAAUACCGGGCAGACGGUUGCGGUGAAGCAAAUCAAGCUCACGGAUCUCCCUAAGAGCGAACUCCGGGUUAUAAUGCUUGAAAUUGACCUUCUCAAAAACCUGGAUCAUGCGAAUAUUGUCAAGUACCAUGGAUUCGUCAAGUCCCAGGAAACCUUAAACAUCAUCCUCGAAUACUGUGAAAAUGGAUCCCUCCACUCUAUCGCGAAGAACUUCGGUCGUUUUCCAGAAAACCUGGUUGGAUUGUACAUGUCGCAAGUGUUGCAUGGGUUGUUGUAUCUCCACGAACAGGGUGUCAUCCACAGAGACAUCAAGGGUGCCAACAUCUUGACCACGAAAGAGGGCUUGGUCAAACUUGCUGAUUUCGGUGUUGCAAGUCGGACAACUGGCUUGAGCGAGUCAAGUGUUGUUGGUACUCCAUACUGGAUGGCUCCCGAGGUCAUCGAAUUGUCUGGUGCAACAACGGCGUCGGACAUUUGGAGUUUGGGAUGCACAGUCAUUGAACUUCUUGAGGGCAAGCCCCCUUAUCACAGCUUGGCUCCCAUGCCAGCCCUUUUCCGCAUUGUCAAUGAUGACCAUCCUCCGCUCCCCCAGGGCGCUUCUCCGGCUGUGAAGGACUUCUUAAUGCAGUGUUUCCAGAAAGACCCCAACUUGCGGGUUUCAGCCCGGAAAUUGCUCAAGCAUCCAUGGAUUGUCAAUGCACGCAGGUCUGAUUCCGUGGUUCCCAAAAAAUCUACAGAAUAUGAAGAGGCUGUCAAGAGUGUCCAGGAGUGGAAUGAAGCUCUCAAAUCCCCAGGCACGGGUACAUCUAAGAAGCCAAACAGGUUUGACCAUGCCGGACCAUUGCCAACAGGCCGCAAUUCUCUCGUCGAUAUGCUGCCCUCCCCAAACACCACAAAACCUACUGAUCGCUUUCGUUCUGCUGAGUCCGCAGAAGAUGACAACUGGGACGAUGAUUUUGCAACUGCCAUAUCUCCUAGUGCACUGCAAUUGCCCCAUCUGCGACCACAUGAUAAUUUUGGUGGCAUGCUUUCCUCUGAGCGACUCAAGGCGUUUGCCUCGCUGGAUGGAACAAUUUUGCGGCCAGAUGACGACUUGGAUGAGUUUGAAGAUUCCAACGCUACUUCACAACAAGACAACGACCCUCUUCAAACAAUUCGACCAUAUUCAGCCAACCCAUCUCCCGCUGAUCCCUCUAAAACCCAAGGGUUGUCUAGACGCCAGUCAACUAAAGUCCCGUCAACGGCCCUGCAGAAUGUCCCAAUCCUGACUCAAUCCCCUGUACCACCAAUGAGACGACCUCGUCCCGCUACUCUCUAUAAAGAGAAUUCUGUAGAAGAUUAUACAGAUCUCAUCAUGGCUAAUGAAGAUGUCCUUGAUCGCAAACUAGCCCUGAUUCAAGAAGAUUAUGACCCAGAUUCCCCAAUUCGCGAGGAUGGAUACGAUCCUUUCAGUGACGAUCAUAGUGGGCAGCAUCCCCAACUUCGCAAGCAGCUGUCUGUCAAACGCGACCGUUCCACUAUCGAGAUUCAGAAAUUUGCUGAGAAUGAGAGUGAUGAAGACUUCUCAGAUAUUCUCGGUCAUGACGAAGGAAAAGUGGGCAAGCAAAAUGGCGCGAGCACCGACAGAGAUAAGUUAAUGUUGAACUCCAAGCUGUCGAACAACUCGUGGCUAGGAGAUCAGGAUGAUGAUGAUGAUCCCUUUGCGCAGCUAGAAGAGGGAUUUGACGAAAUGGACUUGGAAGCCAACAUCGCACGAGACAAAUAUGCGCGUCUUAGAAACCAAGUCGAGGGCCUGGUAGGCUCCUUGAAGACUUCGCAAGAUGAAGAUGUUCUGGCAGAGAUCUCGGAGCAGCUACUGACUAUCUUCUGUGACCUGCCUGAGACAAAGAACAUCAUUAUCAGUGCUCACGGGAUGUUACCUAUUCUGGAGAUUCUCGAUACAACACGGCGUCGGGACAUUGUCUUUUGCUUGCUUCGAGUUGUCAAUGCCAUCAUUUUCAACGACUAUGAAGUGCAAGAAAACUUGUGUUUCGUCGGUGGUAUACCCAUCGUCAACGAGUUUGCUUCCAAGAAAUACCCCCGGGAAAUUCGCUUAGAAGCCGCGGCAUUUGUCCAGCAAAUGUACCAGACAUCGACACUGACUCUUCAAAUGUUCGUUAGUGCUGGUGGAUUGAAUGUCCUGGUUGAGUUCCUGGAAGACGAUUACGAAGACGAAGGAGACCUAGUCUUGAUCGGAGUCAACGGAAUUUGGAGUGUGUUUGAACUACAGGGAUCAACUCCGAAGAAUGAUUUUUGUCGAAUUCUAUCUCGUAAUUCUGUGUUGGAUCCCCUUUCAUUGGUGCUCGGUCGAGUGUUGGAUGAGGAAGGUGAACUGGCAGAAAUCAUCGAAGGUCGGAUUGCAAACAUAUUCUUCAUCUUCUCGCAGGCAGAAAACCAUGUCAAGGAAAUGGUUGCCGAGCGCACCGUUCUGCACAGAGUUUUGAAAGAGCUAAAACGCAUGUCACCAACGCAUCAGAUCACCAUGCUUAAGUUCAUCAAGAACCUCUCCAUGCUCUCGACUACCUUGGACUCACUUCAAAAUUCGAAUGCGAUCGACGUUCUGACCGAGCUUCUCCGUUCAAACAUGAAACGGGGACACUUCAGAGAAGUAUCUAAUCAAAUCCUGAACACGAUUUACAAUAUGUGUCGCCUCAACAAGUCUCGACAAGAGGAUGCAGCCCUCAACGGAAUUGUGCCAUUACUUCAAAAAGUCGUCCAGACCGAACGACCGUUGAAAGAAUUUGCCCUUCCAAUCCUCUGUGAUAUGGCCCAAUCUGGAAAGGUCGGUCGUCGUGAGCUAUGGCGGAACAAGGGCCUUGCCUUCUACAUAUCUCUACUUGCCGAUCCAUACUGGCAAGUUACAGCCUUGGAUGCAAUCUUUACAUGGCUCCAGGAAGAAACUGCAAAGGUGGAGGAGCAUCUCUUGGACAACCGACAAGAUAAAACCUCUUUCACUGACGCUAUUGUCCGCUGCUUGACACUAUCCAAAGCCAAUGCAUUCGAGAAUAUCCUUGAACCUCUGCAGAAGCUUCUUCGUUUGAGUCCCCCAGUGGCGUCGACAUUCGCUCGACCCGAUCUUUUCGCUCGACUGAGACAAAAGCUUCACCACAAUAAAGCUGCAGGGGGGCUCCUCGUCUCGUAUGGACUGCUUGAUGCCAUCCGGGAACUUGAAAACGAUCCAGCCAUUCUCGUGCGAGAUAUGGCAGGAAAGUUAAUUCAGUCAAACGAACUUAGCGAGUCAUUUGGCCUCAAACGCAGACCCACAAGCCGCAGGAAAAGCACAUCUACCACCCCACCGAACCCCUUUGCUAGCUCUACACCAUCAACCCCUUCAUCAAGUCGCUCCAGUCAAUCCCGUGCCGGCUUUGAGGGUAGAGAGACUCCUCGGCAUCCUCGCAAUGCUCUUAGCCAACCCUCUCUCGUCUUGCGACCGGGAAGUCGAGAUGGCAGUGUCUCGGCUCUCGCCUCUGCGGCUACUGGUAGCUCCGCGGCUGCGCGACCUCGCCACGUGCGUGGUAUGUCCAAUCGUCUGUCAUAUAUGGAAAGCAUGCACGACGACGAAAGCAAACCUCCAACUCUUAGUCGGAGACCCUCAGUCAUUCCGCGCCGGCGACGCCCUACAUCUGUGGCCGAUUCCGAAUGGACAGGAUCUGGCCUUUAA